AUGAGGAUUGGUAUGUUUUUAGACUGCUUACAGAGAAGAAAUUUAUCUACAGGAGUCUGCAGUUGCGUGUAUGUGCCCCAUCUUGGCCACCCCAGUAAAAAUGUCCUGGAUACACCACUGGUGGGAAGACAUACUUGGGUAAAGACCAGCGAGUCUACCUGUGCGAGUCCACUGAGCAAGGACACCGACAAGGCGCCACUCACCAUAGCACUUAAACCGGUUACACGAUAUCGAUGCAAGACCAAACACAACCCACACAACCUACGGCCACUUUGCACUUCAGCACCUGCUCUGCUCUCUUUCUCAGUGGGACUCUGGAACUGCCAGUCAGCUGUGAACAAAGCUGACUUCAUUCCAGCCUUUGCUACGCAGUCCACCCUCAGCAUCCUGGCAUUGACAGAAACAUGGAUAUGUCCAGAGGAUACAGCAACACCUGCUGCUCUCUCCAACAGCUUCUCCUUCUCUCACACCCCUCGACUCCCCGGUCAGCUGACAAACUUUCUUGAGGAGUUGGAUGUCCUGCUGUCCUCCUUGCCGGAGGAUGGUAGGCCACUUGUGGUUCUUGGUGAUUUCAACAUACACCAAGUCAAGCCCCAGGCCACUGAACUGAAUACUCUCCUGGCCUCAUUUGACUUUGAAAAACUACACACCACAGCAACUCACAGAUCAGGCAACCAGCUGGACCAAAUUUUUACAUGCCAGCACAUACUACACCACCCAGCCCCUGACUGUGUGACGUCCUUCGUGAAAUCGGACUGACCUCAGGGCAGCUGAGAGGAGAUGGCGGAAAUCUAAAGAUCCAGCAGAUCUAGGUUCGUCACCAUCAUGGAUGAGGCCGAUGACUUUAGUGUCAUCUGCAAACUUCAGGAGCUUGGCAGAGGGGUUCUUUGCAGUGCAGUCAUUCGUGUACAGGGAGAAGAGCAGUGGAGGGAGAACGCAUCCCUGAGGAGCACCAAUGCUAAUAGGUGAACCUCAUGAAACCUAUCAAGAAUAUGUCUGGGUCACAUUUCACCCCAAAAUAAAUUUGGAAUGCCCAAUUCCCAAUGCGCUCUAAGUCCUCAUGGUGGCGUUGUGACUCUCAGUUGCCUCCGCGUCUGAGACCAUCAAUCUGCGCAUCUUAUCACAUGGCUUGUUGAGUGCGUUACCGCGGAGAAGGAGCACAUGUGGAGGCUUCACUAUAUUCUCCGCUUCAUCCACGCACAACUCACCACGUGCCCCACCGAGAGCAAGAACCACAUUAUAGUAACCACGAGGAGGUUACCCCAUGUGACUCUACCCUCCCUAGCAACAGGGCCAAUUUGGUUGCUUAGGAAGCCUGACUGGAGUCACUCAGCACGCCCGAACUUGUGAACUCACGACUCCAGGGAUGGUAGUCAGCGUCUUUACUCGCUGAGCUACACAGGCCCCCACUUAAUUUCUUUUUAUUAUUCCACAAAACCUUUAGUUAAGGAUUAGCACUCCAGAAGAUUUAUCCGAGAGACACAAAACAGAUGAGAAACAGAAGGAGCAUCUAAAAAAAUCUGUGUGAAUGUGGAGUGUAACGUGUGCAUGUGUGUUACAGAUGAGAAGGACUUAUGUCAACAAAUGAAAAGUUAUGUAAGAUUAAUAAUGCAAGAACUGCACAGAUGGAAAACACAAAAUUCCAGGAAAGAACUCAUACACUCAUGGUGUGUGAAGAUCCUGAAAAAUGUCAUGUGUCAAUAUUAUUAUGAAUAAUUGCAGGGGGGGGAUUUUAAGGGGUUUAAACAACAAAAGCCAGGUCCUUUUGACAUCACCCUCCAGGAAGUGACAUCAUCAAUUUUGGAGAGAAAACAACAGCAAAAGCAUCAUUAAAUAUUAGCAGGGGAUUUGAUGAAUUCUGUGAUGUUUUGUGGUGUUAUUUGGUUUUUAC